AUGUCAAAUAUUUCAUUUGAUAAAAAUCAAUUAAAGGAAAUAGUUGAUGGUACUCGAUUAAAAUCAUUAUUUUUACGUUAUAUAUUUCUCAAUGAGCUUAUUAUAUUAAUGAAUUCAUUAACUAUGUCUUUACUUGAAAAAUUCAUACUUAUUGAUUUAUAUGAUCAUACACUCGAUCAUCUUAGCAGAUUUCAACAAGUCUGUGAUUCUCAAUAUUUACCCUCUCUAAAAAAUCUCUACUUUUCAUUUUGUUUUCCCAAAGAGAUUGAAGAGGCAUGGCGAAUAAGUCCAUUCAGUUCCAAUGGUGAAUGGUCUUUUGACAAUAUUGAUUAUUAUGUAGAUGAAACUUUGUUUUUGGACGAUGAUGGAGUAUCUUUUGUCAAAAGAAGUCCAUUCAUUAUCUAUAAAUGUCCGAUCAAUAUUCUAUUAGAACACAAGCGAACUUUACAUAAUCAUUGUUUUGCAAGACAUGCAUCUAUGCCGAUAAUUACAGAUCGACGACAAUCACUACAACUGACUUGCCAUGAAAUGGGCAAUCCUGAUCAGUUUCUCAAAACUUUGCAAAUAGUUGGAAGCAGUUAUCUGAACAAACUUGAGUUGAUAUAUCGAGAUGAUUUGAUAAGUGUAUCAACUUCUAAACUGAAGACAAUAUAUAUUAUUAUAGUUAUAUUGAAAGGGAAUUGAAGAAAUUCUUUUUCUUUAACUUUUUCAGUUUUCAGUUAAAUUGUAAAAAUGUAUCAAAUUGUUUUCAUUUUGAUUUCGGACAAAAUUGUUUGAUAAAGUUUAACAAAAAGGGCAUUUGGAAUAAAAAUGAGAAUUUACUGUUCAAAUGAAAACUUAUCAAAAAAAAAACUAAUAAAUCUUAUAUUACAAUCACUUAGAGCGAGAAAUAAAGUAUUAAACUUAUUUUAUGUAAUUAAAUACGUCAACGAUAGAACUUAAUCAUGCAGAAUACUAUUUAUUCAAAUUGUCUAUAUGAUAUAAAAGUCAGAAAAAAAACAAUUGUUGACAGUUUUAAAUUGAUGUACUUUCUGAAAAGGUUAAAAAGUAAUGCUGGAUAAAACCGUAGGCUUCUACCACGUUGUGAGAAAAAAAAACAUUUUUUUUCGAUUUUGUUAGUCUAGUUAUUAAAGGUAUUCACAGAGUGAGAUUUUCGCACCUUACUCUGUCCUGUCCUAAUCUAUUGGAUCGACCGAAUAGAACAGGGCAGUGUAUUCUGCUGAACUGAUGCCCCGUACUCUAAAAAAAAGGAAUUUUCGAAAGCUAUUUUAGUUGCUUUCUGAAUAUACUUUUUUUUUAGAGUGUGUCUUUAUUAGAAGUUUCAAUCAAAUUGAAAAACAAAACGUGCGUAUAUUCGAACACACAUCAUUGUUUUACCGUAAUCCAACAGCCGCUAUGGCUGACUGAGUAAGUUGUUCGGCAUGUAGUACCACCGUACCCUGUUCGAGCCUCGGCACCACGAGACAUAGAAUGAUCCUAGACAAAUUACUAACGGCUGUUUGUCUCGAAUCACCCGUUCGAUAGUAUACUGAGAGUGUGAGCGUGAUUGUGGAUGUGGGUGGGUGGAUGUAGGUGUGGAGGUGGGUCACUUCAGUGUAAUCUCACACCCACACACUCGCAACCACACCCACACCCACACCCCCACCCUAUACCCACCCCCACAUCCACACACUCACAACCACACCCACACCCACCCACACCUUACACCCACACUCACACCCUCUCUUUAUUCGAAAAGCGUCAAUGCGAAUCUAAUCGGCUCGUUCAGGACACUAAGGAUCCUUCUUAUAACUAUGUUUUUACUUCGUAAUCAGUCGCUUCUCAAUGACUAACCGAAAUUUUUCGGGAAUGCAAUUUCUGUUUAUUAAAAUUAAAAAAAUCUGAAAAACAAGUAUGAAGUGUUAGGUGACAUUAUUGCUUGAUAGCACAGGAAUUGUCCUUGACGUAUGUGCCUACGAUGAGUAAUACAGUUCAGCACUAUUGAGGUAAGUACUACAACAAUAACCACCAGUGACUAAUACUUUUCCAUUGGUUAAGGUAGUUUGUGUAUGUGUCACUCGAGCAGGGUGUGUGGGUGUGGGUGUGUGGAGACUGGUUGUGGAUAAUGUUGCAGGUUGUAUUAACCCACAUCCUAAAGAUCUGGCGGAGCUUAUUUUGCACACAACUAGCACAAUAGAUCUUGGAAUUAUGUUUGAAGUCGAUAAUGUAGCCAAUUAUACGACAUGGACUGUAAGUCAUGUCUGAAAUUGAAUACCGAUUCAGAUUAGUAGAAGAAUGACGACUUGGAGUGCAGCAUAAAUGAGAACCAUGAUGGGAAUAGCAAUCGUAAUCGGAACAAAGGUAUAUACGACGAAGAGAUGAAAGACGUGAACGCUGAUUGUGACUGCGACAUCUAUUGAAACUAAGAGUCGGGUCGAUGCUGCACCAAGAAUGAUUCUAGAAGAGAACUAAUAUUGUUACUGAGCCCAGAAAUGCAUCCAGUUCUCGAUCUUUGGCAAAAUUCAUGGUCACAAACACGAAAAGCUUCUUGAAGUAAUAUCGAAAACGAUAUAUCUUCUUGCAUAUGCGGGAAGGAACAUUUCAGACUUGCUUCAGCCAGGGUCAUGCUAUUCAGCGGUAUAGUAUUGCUUGUGAAAUGCUAAUAUUUUGUUGAUACUGUGCAACGAUGUCAAAAAACCAAGUAAAGUAGUGUUAUAGUACAUACUUUUUCUACCUUCGAUUCACUUUAUUUUGCAACCUUCAAGCUGUUCGAACGAUGAGUAAUAGAAGAGCAGAACGACGAUGAUAUUUUUAUGGGAAAAAAAAAAUCAUGUAUCUCAUUAAUAUAUCAUAGUCAAUGAUAUAAUAAGCAAAACGAAAAUAAUAUUUUCAUGCGAAAGAAAUCAGAUAUCUC